AUGGGUUCCUAUAAAGCCCGCCAAGACCGCUCAGGAAGCGGCGGCAGUUCUAGCUCCACCGAAACAGAUGCUUCAGGGCACUCAAAAAGCACAGCACCUACCGUGUUCAGUGAACACACCGUGGCCGGGCCCAAAUAUCAGGACUGGCCUGGAUUCGAGUACAUCGAGGAACCGGAGGCGUAUAUCGAUGAGCUUGACACCCCCGACGACCCAGACCCUCGCGACUCGGUGUCAACCUACGCCUCAACCACCCGCUCGACCACCAAAGUUGCCCCGGAGGAGCCACGUUACGAAGUCGAUGACCGGCAAGAAAACUUCAUGACGGAUGCCCUCGCGUCAACACCGGCAUCAUUUGCAGGGCUCUUCCCCUCAUCGAGGCGGCUGCUUAUUCGCCACGACGACGCUACUCUCGACGGCAACAUGAAUCUGCGUGUUGACACAGUUGUACCCUGCCGCGACGGCUACCAACAGGACGUGAUCCUAUUCCACCUGCGCAUGCACGACUUGUUCUCACGGCGCUUCUCCCUGCGCCGCUACUGCCGGGACUCCGGCCGAGAAGUAUGCCACUCUACGCGCCGCGAAGCCGGCGCCUCACAAGACCGUCGCCCGGUUUUCCGCCGUUCCUGGAGCAGUAUGCUUGCCAGUCUACGGCCAGGCUCGAGUGGUGGCGACGUAAAUGUCGAGCCGAGCACAACGCCGCGGGCCGGUGACCCAGAUGACGAAGGCGAGCGCACACUAGGCGACACCAUGCUGCUCGAGUUCUCAAACUAUGCGCAUGUCGAGGUGAAGCGGCGCGGGCCCGGCGCGACCAAGCGCUAUGAGUAUGAGUACUGGGGUUCGCGCUACCAAUGGCGGCGCGAGUUCCGGCGCGAAGGCGACCUGCGCGAGGUGUCAUACUACCUAGUGGACACACGGACGUCGCGCACCAUCGCCCACCUGGUGCCGGAUAUCCUGACGCCGCUGGAGGCAGUCGAGGAAGAGAGCAAGGGCGGCUGGGUACCGCCGUCUUCGCUGUGGAUCAACGACCCCUCCGUGUACGAGCGGAUGCCCGACGUUGCCGACGUGAUUGUCGCAACCGGGCUGGCCACCCUAGUGGACGACUGCAUCCGCCGGCGCUGGCACCACGAUCGUCGACCGUGGAACCUCCCCGCACGAUCCUCCUUCACACGCAGCCUGGAGCGCAUGGGCCCGCGCCGCCUGAUCGGCGAAGUCCUUCAACGCCGCGGAUCCGCCUAG